GGUUCUCUUCGAGUGCACCAAGUUGUUUUGCUCUCCUUCCCCGGAAGACCCGGCUGAAAAUCCGGAAAAAGAAUCGGGAAACGCCAGGGGGCAUACUGCGCUUGCGCACAGAGGGACCGGAAGUCGAGGCGGGAGUGACUCUGCUUCCGUUUCUGGUUUUGCUCUAGUGUUUGGGUUACUUUGCGGCCGCUGAAGAUGAACCGACUCUUCGGGAAAGCGAAACCCAAGGCUCCGCCGCCCAGCUUGACUGACUGCAUUGGCACGGUGGACAGCAGGGCAGAAUCCAUUGACAAGAAGAUUUCUCGAUUGGAUGCUGAGCUAGUGAAGUAUAAGGAUCAGAUCAAGAAGAUGAGAGAGGGUCCUGCAAAGAAUAUGGUCAAGCAGAAAGCCUUGCGAGUUUUAAAGCAAAAGCGGAUGUAUGAGCAGCAGCGGGACAAUCUCGCCCAACAGUCAUUUAACAUGGAACAAGCCAAUUAUACCAUCCAGUCAUUGAAGGACACCAAGACCACGGUUGAUGCUAUGAAACUGGGAGUAAAGGAAAUGAAGAAGGCAUACAAGCAAGUGAAGAUCGACCAGAUUGAGGAUUUACAAGACCAGCUAGAGGAUAUGAUGGAAGAUGCAAAUGAAAUCCAAGAAGCACUGAGUCGCAGUUAUGGCACCCCAGAACUGGAUGAAGAUGAUUUAGAAGCAGAGUUGGAUGCACUGGGUGAUGAGCUUCUGGCUGAUGAAGACAGUUCUUAUUUGGAUGAGGCAGCAUCUGCACCUGCAAUUCCAGAAGGUGUUCCCACUGACACAAAAAACAAGGAUGGAGUUCUGGUGGAUGAAUUUGGAUUGCCACAGAUCCCUGCUUCAUAGAUUUGCAUCAUUCAAGUAUAUCUUGUAAAAUAAACACAUAUUACGGGACUAGGAAAUAUUUAUCUUUCCAAAUUUACCAUAACAGAUUUAGGUUUCUUUCCUUUCUUUGAAGGAAAGUUUAAUUCCAUUGCUCUUUUAUUUUUUCCAUUAAGAGACUCAUUGCUUGGGAAAUGCUUUCUUUAUACUAAAAUUUGAUUCCUUUUUUUCUUAUGAAAAACAAACUCAAUUUAAAAGUAUCUUUAGCUCGUAUGACUUGUUUUCAUUCAUUAAUAAUAAUUUGAAAUAAAACUAAGGAAAUGGAAUCGUAAAAAUCUAUGACAGUGUAACUCUACAGUCUCAAAAUGACCUGAUAAAUUGAUAAGACAAAGAUGAGAUUAUUGGGGCUAUUCAUAUUAUGAUUCAGAAUCAUUUUCUAUUGUGGUAUUAUAGGUUGGUUAAAGUGAUGGCCUUUUUGAUGAGUUUUGUUGUGUCUUGUGAACAAGUUAUUACUGUGUCCAUUAUUGGAAUGGAAUUAUCACUACUGUAUCAUGAGUGGGUAUUUCGAUUCUAUGGUUCCCUCAGUAUUACAUGUUGACUUGUAAUCAAUAAUGAAUAUUUCUUGAUAUUUAAUGUAUAGGACAUUUAUUUAUACUCAAUAAAUAUUUUUCAAAAGGA